CUCGUCUUGUACUAGCUAGGCCUUGCUUGGGUCCUUCAGCUUAAUUCACCUUCUUGGACAUUUUUUCCCGGUCAGUAUGGCCUCUGGGCGGAAAGACUUCUUAAGCCAACCCGCUCCCGAGAAUUACGUGGCGGGUCUCGGUCGAGGUGCGACUGGUUUCACCACUCGUUCGGACCUUGGACCUGCGCGAGAAGGGCCCACGCCGGAGCAGAUUCAAGCGGCUCUUGCCAAACGAGCACAACAGCUCGGCGCAGCACCCCCAACAGCGUAUGGAGCUGGGCGAGAAAAGGGUGGAAAGGACGACAAAGCUGAAGAGGACGAGGAUGACGAGCGCUUCCAGGAUCCAGACAAUGAAGUGGGGUUGUUCGCCUACGGACAGUUUGAUCAGGAGGAUGAUGAGGCCGAUCGCAUCUACCGGGAGGUGGAUGAGAAGAUGGACAAAAGACGCAAGAUGAGAAGAGAAGCCCGGGAACGGCAAGAAAGAGAAGAUUAUGAGCGCAAGAACCCCAAGAUCCAACAACAAUUUGCGGAUCUAAAGCGAUCACUAGCCUCCGUCUCUGAGGAUGAGUGGGCGAACCUGCCGGAGGUGGGAGACCUAACGGGAAAGAACAGACGCGCAAAGCAGAAUCUCCGGCAGCGCUUUUAUGCUGUUCCGGACAGUGUUAUCGCCAGUGCAAGGGAUUCGACCCAGUUCGAAACCACCGUGGCGGACGAUGGUUCUCAAACCAGUGCCCCGAGCAUAGAGAACGCAGAUGGAACGAUAACGAAUUUUGCCAACAUCAGUGCUGCUCGUGACAAAGUACUACAAGUCCGACUGGAUCAGGCUGCCAUGGGAUCAUCUGGGGACUCAGCCUCAGGAAGCGCCACCAAUAUCGACCCAAAGGGAUAUCUUACGAGUCUCACUCAGUCGGAGCUGAAAGCGGGUGAGGUGGAAAUUGGCGACAUCAAGCGGGUUCGCGUUCUCCUGGAAUCAGUGACAAAGACUAACCCCAAGCAUGCCCCCGGAUGGAUUGCUCUAGCUCGUCUGGAAGAGCUUGCUGGUAGAUUGGUGACGGCCAGGAAUGUUAUCGCCAAAGGCUGCGAAUUAUGCCCGAAGAGCGAAGAUGCUUGGCUAGAGAACAUUCGACUUAACGAAGGGCACAAUGCCAAGGUCAUAGCCGCGAAUGCGAUUAAGAACAAUGAUCGCUCUACAAGACUAUGGAUCGAGGCGAUGAGACUGGAGACUGAGCCUCGGGCCAAGAAGAAUGUGCUCAGACAAGCUAUUCUUCACAUUCCCCAGUCCGUCGUCAUCUGGAAGGAGGCCGUCAACCUGGAGGAGGACCCAGCUGAUGCACGUCUUCUUCUGGCCAAAGCAGUUGAGAUCAUACCUCUCUCGGUAGAGCUUUGGCUUGCUCUGGCCCGUCUCGAGACCCCAGAAAAUGCCCAGAAGGUUUUGAAUGCUGCCCGAAAAGCCGUCCCCACAAGCCAUGAGGUAUGGGUUGCAGCUGCAAGAUUGCAGGAGCAAAUGGGUACAUCCGAAAAAGUCAAUGUUAUGAAGAGGGCUGUACAGAGCUUAGCAAGAGAAAACGCGAUGCUCAAGAGGGAGGAGUGGAUCGCUGAGGCUGAGAGAUGUGAGGAGGAAGGCGCCAUUCUCACCUGUGGUGCUAUAAUCCGUGAGACCCUUGGCUGGGGUCUUGAUGAGGAUGAUGAUCGUAAGGACAUCUGGAUGGAGGAUGCUAAGGCUAGCAUUGCCCGUGGCAAGUACGAAACAGCUCGAGCUAUAUACGCCUAUGCCCUCCGUGUCUUCUUCAAUCGCCGAUCCAUCUGGCUUGCUGCUGCAGACCUUGAACGCAACCACGGCAGCAAAGAAGCACUAUGGCAGGUACUUGAAAAGGCCGUGGAAGCCUGCCCGCAAAGCGAGCAGCUGUGGUUGCAGCUUGCUAAAGAAAAGUGGCAGUCUGGGGAAACUGAUGAUGCUAGACGAGUGCUCGGUCGAGCUUUCAAUCAGAACCCUAACAACGAAGACAUUUGGCUGGCCGCUGUCAAGCUGGAGGCCGAUGCUGACCAGACAACCCAGGCUAGAGAACUGCUUUCCACAGCCCGCCGUGAAGCAGGGACGGAUCGUGUAUGGAUCAAGAGUGUCGCGUUUGAGCGGCAGCUGGGCAAUGUUGACGAGGCGCUUGAUCUCGUCAACCAGGGUCUUCAGCUAUACCCCAAGGCUGACAAGUUAUGGAUGAUGAAAGGUCAAAUAUACGAAGGCCAGAACAAAUAUCCUCAGGCAAGGGAGGCUUAUGGAACAGGUACCCGAGCUUGCCCCAAGUCCGUGCCACUCUGGCUGUUGGCCUCGCGCCUGGAAGAGAAGGCAGGAGCCGUUGUCAAAGCUCGCUCCGUUCUGGACCGCGCCCGUCUUGCGGUUCCCAAGAGCCCGGAAUUAUGGACUGAAAGUGUUCGCGUGGAACGUCGUGCCAACAAUAUCGCUCAGGCGAAGGUUUUGAUGGCGAAAGCCCUGCAAGAGAUUCCCACAUCUGGUCUGCUAUGGAGCGAAAGCAUCUGGUACCUUGAACCUCGUUCGCAAAGAAAGGCACGCAGUUUGGAAGCUAUUAAGAAGGCCGAUAAUGACCCAAUUCUCUUCAUCACGGUGGCUCGCAUCUUCUGGGGAGAGCGUCGACUAGAGAAGGCAAUGACAUGGUUCGAAAAAGCCAUUGUCACCGACAGUGACUUGGGCGAUGGCUGGGCUUGGUACUAUAAGUUCCUAUUGCAGCACGGCACUGAGGAAAAACGGGCAGACGUAGUGGCUAAAUGUGUAACGAACGAACCAAAGCACGGUGAAGUCUGGCAAUCGAUAUCAAAAGACCCGGCCAAUGCACGCAAGUCGGCGGAAGAGAUACUCAAAUUGGUUGCAGAACGCCUCACUCAAUGAAGUAGCGGUAUACGAGCCAGUCUAUAAUCUUAACUCGAGUCCGGCCCUAGUGACAGCCUACCGAGGAUUUGGCCGGGAUUCGCGUGGAAAUACAUAACGGCCACAACGAACCGCCACCAUCCCGGUCAGAGUAAACAAGCUCGCAUUAUCAGCAGGAUGCUUAAGUGCGAUGACUCGAGAUGUUCUUAGGAUCGAAGGUCGUGUUCGUUGCUUUCGGACGACACUGGAAUUAAGAAUCAAUGGUUUUUUCUUCCAUGAAUUGAUGGUACUUGGGCUGCAUGCAACCAGCCUAUCUAGCGGAUAUCCAUACCCGAAUUGCUAAUGUACACUACAUAACCACAGCAAGAAUGUUACUCGCCAGGUCCACAGAUUUUGCCUUUGCAUACUCUGGCCCGAAGGUAUAAAUAAUGAGCCAAAUUCUUUUCUCCGAUCGUCCUUGUGUAUGAUCAAUCAGUGUUUUUUUCUAGCAG